AUUCAAUAAGGUGUGGAGUCGAGGGACAAACAAGAUUCCACGUAGAAGUAUCGGCCAGAGACCGUCAUUUUUGAUCUCGACGGCCACGAGUACGAGCAAAGAAAACUAAUAAAGAAUUCGUAGCAGUAAGAUAACUUUGAUGUUCUUUUGUCGGUGUAUACACAGAGGCCACUGAUAUCUUCGUUGAGAGCGAUUGAUCGACAAAAAUCGGAACCCUAACUAAUUUUCUGAUACGAAUCAUACGCGUAUAUGUUACAUGUUCAAGAUUCGUUGCCGUUUUCAUCAUCAGGAGGCAAUUUCAUCGUCGGUUCAUCUACUUGUGAAACUGAAAUGGAAGAAUCUGGAACACACUCAGCAUCAACAACAGGCAACUUGUUAGUUUCAGAUAAGGAAGGAAACAGUUUGACCGUACGCGAUGGACCACCGACCGACGACUGUUGCCCUAUCUGCUUCGGCUCCUUCUCCGCUCCAUGCCGUGGUCCUUGUGGUCACUGGUACUGCGGUGGUUGUAUCAUGGAGUAUUGGAACCAUGUCGCUGCAUUUCAGCCUUGCAAGUGCCCUAUGUGCUCCAGUCCAAUUACCAAAUUGACCCCCGAAGCAACAUUAUCUCAACAGCAGGAUGCAGGGAUCCGUGAUGUUCUCAAGAAUGUUAAACAGUACAACUGCCUUUUUGCUGGUGGUGCUUGCGGUUUCAUUCUGCAAGUGCUUCAGUUGCCUUUAUUUGUCAAGAGAUUGCUUCAAGCAAUGAUGGAUCCUGAUAGACCUGUUGCUUAUCUUAGCAGAUUGCGUUUAGUUGCAGUGUUUCUUGGUGCUCUUUAUACACUUAGCCCUUUUGACUUCCUCCCAAGAUGGAGGUACCUUGAUGCUAUAGACUUGUUUGAUUGCUCUGCUAUUGUACUAUCGUUUAGCUUGUACUUUGUUGGACUUUACACACGAAGAAGACGACUAAGAAAUUUACGCCAGCUGGCACAGUCGUUGUUGUCUAUGUGGAUCGCUGGUGAUGGCGUUAUGAUGUGCCUACCCCCUCGGUUAAGGGCUGUUAUGGGCGUGUUCACAGUGGUGGUAACAAAUGGCAACAGAUGGAGGCAAAGAGAGACAGAUCGGAGAAACACAACAGGUAAAGGGUGUUUGGCUGUUGUUGUUCGACCGGAAGGAAGAGAGACGAGAAAGAGAAGGGUCGCCGUUCUUUUCUUGUUGCUGGAGGAUCACCCACCUCUGGUUCAUAUAUCCACCUACACCCGAUUCGACAACCCCAACUGCAGCGUGCGACGUGUCCAGAUACAUCCCCUCUGUGCUUGCUUCGUCAAACCAACGCCAUUCCAUCAAUCCUCCCUCAUCUUCUCUCUCUCUCAAACCCUUCGCCGUGUUGAAGCAAAAUUCAUCGAAACUGUUUCAUUUUCGUCCAUCAUCAUCACGCUUCGAUUGGUCUCCGGAAGGUCUUGGCUCUUGUUGCUGUCACUGUUAGGAUUUGGGUUUGUACCUCACUCUUCGCAUAGUAAUCAAAUAGCCAACGACACUGUAUCCUUCCAGAUCGAUACGAGUUUUCGAAAUUCUUCCAACCACCUUGUUUCCGGUGUUCCUCUUCAAUUGAUGGAGCAACAGACCACAACCGAGAGCAAAAACGUCGAUUUGAAUGAGAAGCACCAGCAAACGAACACAGGGAGCAUGGAUUUGAAUGAGGAGAGCAGAGAUGGAGGUGAAGACGACGGCGAAAGAGAUGUUGAGGAGUUUCGGAUUUUGGGGCAUUCUAUGUGUUUAAAAAGGCGAAGGGAUAACAAUAUCCCCAGCUGCGCCACCACUGAUUCAGCUUCAUCUCAGACGUUGUCAAAACGGUGUCAUACAGAGCAAAACAGGCACCCUCAAAGUCUUGAGUCGCGUAGACAAGCUGUUCGAGCAUGGGGAAACCAGUCCCUUCAGGCUGCUGAUCCUGAUAUAUUCGACAUAUUGGAAAAAGAGAAGCAUAGACAAUACAAAGGGAUUGAACUAAUAGCAUCUGAAAAUUUUGUUUGUAAAGCAGUUAUGGAAGCUUUGGGGAGUCAUGUCACAAACAAAUAUUCCGAAGGCAUGCCAGGAUCUAGAUACUAUACUGGAAACCAAUACAUAGAUGAGAUUGAAACUCUUUGUUGUCAACGAGCUUUAGUUGCAUUUGGUCUUGAUUCAGAGAGCUGGGGAGUAAAUGUUCAACCCUAUUCUUGUACAUCUGCCAAUUUUGCAGUGUAUACUGGUUUGCUGUCUCCUGGUGAUAGAAUUAUGGGGUUGGAUACCCCUUCUGGAGGGAAUACAAGUCAUGGGUACUAUACACCUAAUGGAAAGAAAGUUUCAGGGGCUUCAAUUUUCUUUGAAAGCCUUUCUUACAAGGUUAAUCCACAAACAGGUAUUAUAGAUUUUGAGAAGCUUGAAGAAAGGGCCCUGGAUUUUCGCCCAAAGAUUCUUAUCUGUGGUGGGAGUUCAUAUCCUCGUGAAUGGGAUUAUUCUAAAUUUAGACAGAUUGCUGACAAAUGUGGUGCAGUCUUGAUGUGUGACAUGGCUCAAAUCAGUGGUCUUAUUGCUGCCAAGGAAUGUGCUAGCCCUUUUGAAUUUUGUGACAUUGUAACUUCAACCACUCACAAAAGUCUUAGAGGCCCACGAGGGGGUAUAAUAUUUUACAAAAAAGGUCCAAAACCUAGGAAAAGAGGAAUGCUUCUGAAUCAAGGAGAUGGAAGUGACAAAUAUGAGUUUGAGGAAAAGAUAAAUUUUGCUGUAUGUCCCGCUCUUCAAGGUGGGCCCCACAACAAUCACAUUGCUGCCCUUGCAAUUGCCCUGAAACAAUUAGCCACUCCAGAAUACAAAGAUUACAUGCAACAAGUGAAGAAAAAUGCUCAAGCAUUAGCAUCCGCUUUGUUGAGAAGAAACUGCAGACUUGUUACUGGAGGCACUGAUAAUCAUUUGUUACUUUGGGAUCUCAGAAACCUUGGAUUACCAGGUAAAAACUUUGAGAAAGUAUGUGAGAUGUGUCAUAUUACUGUUAACAAGAUUGCCAUAUUUGAUGAUAAUGGGACUCUAAUUCCUGGUGGAGUGAGGAUUGGUACUCCUGCAAUGACAUCACGAGGUUGUUUGGAAUCAGAUUUUGAGACAAUGGCAGACUUUCUAUGUAGAGCAGCUCAAAUCACAAGUUCAGUUCAAAGGGAACAUGGAAAAAUGGUGAAAUCUUUCAUCAAAGGACUUGAAAACAACAAAGAGAUUAUCGAUCUUGGAGCUCAAGUUGAGAACUUUGCAAUUCAAUUCGCAAUGCCAGGUCAAGACUUGUAGAAAAAAAAGUUUGGUGGAAGGUGUUAAGGUGAUAACACAACACAAUUUCCUGGAUAUUUUUUAGUUAAUGUUGCGUGGAAGAAAAUGUAACAAAAAAAGAAAAAUGAAAAGUUCAUGAGUAAGUAACAUACAGCUGGGGCUAGUAGGCUGGCAGGCUGGCAUAUAUGAAUAUGAUAUAUAUAUAUUUUUUGAUUUUGACUUUUGAUAAAAUGGGAGAUAUAAUAUUGAAUAGCAUAUUUUUUUUGGUAUUGUUGUGUUCAACUUGUAUGUUCAUAUCUGUUCUUGAUAAUUCUAUUUCGUUCCUCGUUUAUGGUGGUUGAUUAAUUGUGGGAAUGUCAAAUUGGUACCAGAGCUAACAAUGAUAUGAUUUGCUCAUUUCUUUUUUAUUCAUUGAAAUUUAUGUUUGAUUUGUUGAUCG